AUGCAUGACGUUACAUAUAGCCGAGACUCUAUCGAUGACUUUAUUGAAGUCCCUAUGCCAGAGGAUGAGGAGGUAUUUUCUAUCAACACCACACUCAGAGUGCCAAGAACAGCCGCAAUGCCCGGAACGAGCACGUCCAGAAGUAACCCUCGUGAAAACAUCAAUAUGGCAACAACAUGGCUCGACAUAUCGUCUUUAUAUGGCAGCACUACUGAUAUAGCACACCGACUUCGAUCAAAAGUUGAUGGCAAACUUCUCACGCAAGAGGUCCAGUCCCCUGGCACCAGGGCAAAAGCCUCUUACCUUCCCUUCAACACCAUGGGUGUACCGACCAAUACGCGGCCUGGUGUAGAGCCAGAGGGACUGUUUGCCGGAGGCGAUCCUCGUACCAAUGAAGACUGGCUACUUCUUGGUAUCCACACAUUACUAAUUCGUGAGCAUAACAGGCUCUGUGACAUUCUCAAGAAGCAGAAGCCGGGCUGGGACGAUGAGCAGCUUUAUCAGACCGUGCGACUCGUCAUGUCUGCGAAACAUGGAUUGAUCGCCAACGCAUACCAAAAUGGCCUAUUGGACGGAGAAGAUACCAUGGCCAAGAGAUGACGGAUUUCCUCUUUACCGUCAGAUGUUUGGUGAGAACGCAUUGGAGAUAAACCCUGGCAACACGUAUCCUUGGCCGCUUGUC